AUGGGCAGCGCCAGCCCAGGCCUGAGCAAUGUGUCCCCUGGCUGCCUGCUGCUGUCCCCAGAUGUGGCACUGCGGACAGGUGUGGAGAAGGCGGAGGCAGGAGCAGUGGGUCCUGAGAAGCGGGACUGGAGCCCCAGCCCUCCCGCCACCCCUGAGCAGGGCCUGUCCGCUUUCUACCUCUCCUGCUUUAACAUGUACCCUGAGGACGGCAGCUGGGUAGCCAAGGUCCCCGAGGCCAGUGCCAGGGAGGAGCCACUGGACGAGCCCGAGCAGUGUCCGGUCAUCGACAGCCAGGCCUCGGCCAGCAGCCUGGAUGAGCACUCAUUAGAGCAGGUGCAGUCCAUGGUGGUGGGCGAGGUCCUGAAGGACAUCGAGACGGCGUGCAAGCUGCUCAACAUCACAGCAGACCCUGGGGACUGGAGCCCUGGUAACGUGCAGAAGUGGCUGCUGUGGACAGAACACCAGUACCGGCUGCCUCCGGCCGGCAAGGCCUUCCAGGAGCUGGGCGGCAAGGAGCUGUGUGCCAUGUCCGAGGAACAGUUCCGCCAGCGCGCACCCUUGGGCGGGGAUGUGCUGCACGCACACCUGGACAUCUGGAAGUCAGCGGCCUGGAUGAAGGAGAGGACCUUGCCUGGGGCCCUUCACUACUGCGCCUCCACCAGCGAGGAGGGCUGGACAGACGGCGAGGUGGAUUCGUCGUGCUCCGGGCAGCCCAUCCACCUGUGGCAGUUCCUCAAAGAGCUGCUGCUCAAGCCCCACAGUUACGGCCGCUUCAUCCGCUGGCUCAACAAGGAGAAAGGCAUCUUCAAAAUUGAGGACUCUGCCCAGGUGGCCCGGCUGUGGGGUGUGCGCAAGAACCGGCCGGCCAUGAACUAUGAUAAGCUAAGUCGCUCCAUUCGCCAGUAUUACAAGAAGGGGAUCAUCCGCAAACCCGACAUCUCUCAGCGCCUUGUCUACCAGUUUGUGCAUCCCGUCUGAGAGCCACAGAGGCCAGAGGCCUACAGCCUGCCCCAGACAGCCACUCUUUGCUGCCCUGGGCUCUGCCCAAUAUGAAUCCAGGGGUUGCUGGCAUUCCAGGAGCCAAGGUCACGGAGAGACAGUCACUGAUCUGGGAUACACAUGAGCUCUCUGGGUUCCUCUUCAGGUCAUACUGCUCAAGUACACAGGCCCCUGGAGGGUCAAGGGAACUAGGAUUGCUCACAAACGGAGAAUUCCCUGACCCAGGCUUGGACUGUGAGAUUCUUCCUGGAGGAACUACCUACGGCAAGCAGGGACUGGACCAAGACAACUCACAGGACGGUGAUGCUGCUGCUCUCUGUUUCUGUCACCACCCUGUGCCAUAACUGGCCUGGUGCUCAGAGAUGUCUGCACCGUGCUGGGGAGCCAGGGGCACCCUAGGAAUGGAUAAUAAAGAUACGAGACAACAUACAGGUCCCCAGUGUCUGGCUGUGGACAGCACAGCCAAGAGGCCAGCCGUGGUUAAAGGUGACUGUGGUCACGGGGGUUCAGGGUGGUGAUCACAAGGAAAGCUUGCCCGGGGAGGUGUCAUGGAGCUGAGCCUAAGAGAAAAACGGUAGCUGUUUGGUAGAAGCCAUGGAGGAGGCAGAGAGUUCUCCCGGCCGAAGUAGCUAGUCUAGCUGGCCACAGCAUCCUCCUCAACCCGGCAGGGCUGAAGCGGGAGUGGGCCAGGCUGGAGAGCAUCUGUACACAAGCUCAAAGUAAGGAAGGCAGCCUCUGCACCUGCUCUGUUGAAUGGCAGGGCUUGCCGCCAGGUGUGCCCAGGUGUGCCAGGGGUCUGGCUCUCCUGCAGGAGGCCCAGAGCUAUUAUAUUUG